AUGAUCACUUUUUACGAAAAUGUAUCUGCCAACAAAGAAUUGAGAGACGCUUCGUCGGAGGCUCUGCGCAAAAUGCUGGAGGUUGCAAUUGAACAAAAUUCAAGGGUUGAUGUCUACCGUGUUUACAAGAAAUUGUAUGAGUCUGCUAAGGAGGACGAAAUGGACCCAGAAACCUACAGAUGGUUAGAAAAGACCUAUAUUUCUUAUAAGCGUAAUGGUUUAGAUCUCCCAGAAGACAAGCGCGAAGAGGUGAAAAGACUCAAGGUGGAGGUUUCGAACCUCUGUAACGACUUUCACAAAAACAUGAAUGAAGAAAAAGGGUUCAUUGUGUACACGGCUGAAGAUCUUGAAGGUGUACCUCAAGAUAAUCUUGACCAGUUUGAAAAAGUUGAAGGUGGUUACAAGAUGACUUUCAAGUACCCUGAUGUGUUGCCUGUGAUCAAGUAUGCCAAAAAGCAAGAGAUUCGUAAGAAAUCUUACAUUGCCAAUGAGAACAAGUUAAUGGCAAACUCUGAAAUUUUGUUGAAAGUUGCUAAGCUUCGGUUCAAAAUCGCCAAGCUUUUGGGCUACGAUACCUACUCAGACUACGUUUUGGAAGAUCGCUUGGCAAAGACCAAGUCAACUGUAAUGGACUUCCUCACUGAUCUUCGUGAUAAGCUUACUCCAUUGGGGAAAGAUGAACUUGAGCGCUUAAAGGAGUUCAAGAAUAACGAAUUGAAGUCUAGAAACUUACCUCCCCAAGACGUAUACUACGCCUGGGAUCACUCUUACUACAGCAAUUUGCUUUUGGAGAAGGAAUACCAAGUUGAUCACCAAAAGAUCUCCAAAUAUUUUCCACUUGAUAAUACUAUAAAAGCAAAUGUUCUCAUUCUACGAAACCAUAUUUGA